AUGGCGGCCCUCGGCAUGUUACGUGUUACCGGGAGAGGCCUCUCGCGGCUAGUCUCUGGGGUGCCACGCCGGGAAUUUUGGUCUCGAUCCAGAAAUGAGAAAGAGCCGGUGGUGGCUGAGCUGGUAGAGGAGGUGAAGAAGGAACCCGUCCUGGUGUGUCCACCAUUACGAAGCAGAAGGUAUGUGCCACCUGAUGAUCUGCAGAGUCAUCUGGAAUCUCGAGUCAAGGAAGUUUUUGGCCCAUCUGUUCCUCGGGAUUGGCAGGACAUCUCCUUGGAAGACGGUCAUCUGAAGUUUAGUCUCCUGGCACAGCUAGCUGAUGACCUGGGCCACGCAGUGCCUAACUCAAGGCUUCAUCAGAUAUGCACAGUCAGAGACGUGCUUGAUUUCUACAGUGUCCCUGUUAAGGAUCAGUCUAAAUUUGAUGAACUUAUUGUCAAUAAUCUGCCUCCCAAUUUGAAAAUCACUUGGAAUUACUGA